AUGCUUUCUUCGUCGUUUCGUACUCUGUCACGUCUUCAGACUCUACGGAAAUUCUCAGUUUCGAACACGCGGUUACAGGCCGAACACCUUGACAGCGAUGGGCUGGCGCGGAUGGAGAGGAUACGGAAUAUAGCUAUUAUCGCCCAUGUUGACCAUGGCAAAACCACGCUGGUGGAUCAGCUUCUGCGCCAAUCUGGGACAGUGGAACAGCUCUCGGAGACCGAGCAACUAUUGUACACCCCCACGUCGAGCAGCAAUGCUGUUGGUUCAGGCUCGAGUAGCAUCACCGCCGAUAGCCAGAUUGAGGACGGGUUCAUUAAGAGGCUUAUGGAUUCAAACGACCUUGAACGCGAGCGCGGUAUCACCAUCUUGUCCAAGUGCACCAGCGUGGACUACGAAGGAAACCUUAUUAAUAUUGUGGAUACCCCGGGACACGCUGACUUUGGAGGAGAGGUUGAGCGUAUUAUGAGCAUGGUUGAUGGGGUAGCACUCAUUGUGGACGCAACGGAGGGACCAAUGACACAGACACGGUUUGUCUUGUCCAAGGCUUUGGCUCGUGGCCUUCGACCUUUGGUGGUCAUGAACAAGGCGGACAGAGCAACGGCGCGUCCAUCUCAAGUCGAGAGCGACCUUUUCGACCUCUUCGCAACUCUAGGCGCAACCGACGAACAGGCAGACUACCCUAUCCUCUACGCAUCUGCAAAGCAGGGUUGGGCGCAAGACACCCCACCCAAGCUGGUUACUAGCCCCACAGAUGCCACAUCUUCCACGUAUGUCGCAGACUCGACGAGCAUGACACCGCUCUUCGACCUCAUCAUGUCGCACGUCCCACCGCCAGUCCAUCUCUCGCGUACAGGGCCAUUCUCAAUGCUCACUGUGCAAAUCGAGGCGGACCCGUAUGUUGGAAUGCUCUACCUUGGCCGCAUCCAGUCCGGAGUGCUACGGAUCGGAGAUACGCUGCACGCGCUGAACUCCGAGGGCGUCAAGAUUGGCGAGGGCAAGGUUAAGAAGCUGUUCGGCAGACGCGGGCUGACGAGGGUCGAGAAGGAGUCUGCGGGCGCGGGCGAAAUCAUCAGCAUUGCUGGCAUCAAGUGUGCCAAUAGCGGUGCUGGCGGAGGGGGUGGCGUGAACGUUACAUUGGUUCAUCCGGAUGGAUGGGGUCCAGAAGGUCCCAAGCCUCUUCCUACAACCCCCAUCGACCCACCGACCAUCUCUAUCCACGUGUACCCGAACGACUCUCCGCUCGCAGGACGCGAAGGCACAAAGCUGACCUCGCAAGUGAUCCGUGAGCGAAUCUACAAAGAAGCCGAGACCAACGUCGCACUGACGGUGUUACCUGGCCCGACAUCCGAGUCUCUGGAAGUGCGCGGGCGCGGUGUGCUCCAUCUCGGUGUCCUUCUCGAGACUCUCCGCCGCGAGGGCUUCGAGCUGUCUGUUGGGCCGCCAAAGGCCGUGAUGAUACCUGAUCCUGAGAAAAACCCAGAGGGAAAGGCAAAUGGUGCUUGGCUCGAACCCAUCGAGGAGGUGACGGUUAUGGUCAGAGAAGAGUACGCAGGGAGCGUGGUGCAGAAACUGACGAUGCGCAAAGGGGAGAUGAAGAGCUAUGACUCUGGUGAGCCGGAGGAGGGAUGGGUCAAAAUUGUCAUGGACGUUCCUGCUCGAGGAUUGAUUGGCUACAUGGCUGGAGAUUUCGGAAACGAUACGCAUGGACAAGGGCAAGUUUGUCUGAAUUCAACUAUUAAUCAUAUCUUCAAAGGCUAUGAAGCGUUCAGAGGAGCAAUCGAUACCGGACGAAACGGCGCUCUCAUCUCAAUGGCCUCUGGCGAAUCGUCAGGAUAUUCCAUGGCUCCUCUUCAGGCCCGUGGAACACUCUUCAUUCACCCACAAACUCAAGUUUACCCCGGGAUGGUCAUUGGUGAAUCCUCCAAAACGUCGGAACUUUACCUGAACCCGUGCAUUAAAAAACAGCUCACGAACAUUCGUGCUGCCGGUGCCGACGAGAAGAUCGUUCUUGCAAGUCCGAGGAUUAUGGGCCUUGAGGAAUCUAUGGCGUACAUGGGCGAUGACGAGCUGGUCGAAAUCACACCGUCGACGAUUAGGCUGAGGAAAAGGGACCUGACAGCAGCAAUCAAAGGGAGGACUGCGAAAGCGAAGAAGUAG